AAAUCUUUGUCUGUGUUGAAUAUCAGCAAUAAUAACAUUGAUGAAUUAGAAGAACUGGCAGUUUUGGAAAAUCUUUCUUAUCUUAGAGCAGUUGACAAUAAACUUCAACAUAUGAAGGAUUUGGAGGAUGCAUUAAAGAAAUGGACAAAGCUAUGCAGAAUGGAACUUAUAGGAAACCCUAUCUGCCGGAAACCAAAGUACAGAGACAGGAUUGUAGUACAGUCACAAACUUUAGAAUCCCUUGAUGGGAAAGAAAUUAAAGAAAUGGAAAGACGGUUCCUAAUGAAUUGGAAAGCCUCCAAAGCUGCCAGGGAAAAGAACAAAGAACGAACGACAAAUGAACAUGCAGCCUAUCUACAUUUUUCUGACUUUGAAACACCUUAUCCUGUUCUUCCCUUUCACUACAGUUCAUCUGUGAAAGAAAAACCAAAUUUUUUAGUUUUGUUUGAGACUCACAAAGUUAAAAGAAAACCUCUGCCAAGAAUCUUGGGAAAAAAAAUCAGAUGA